AAUGAACAAAUGUCACCAGGUUAGAGUGAGAAUGACAAGUGCAGGUGAGCUAUAAUUGUGACAUAGUUGUAGAGCUCCACAUUGUCUUCACUUGGGUGGUGGUGGAGAGGGUUGCGAUUUUUUAUAAUUAGAACACCAAAAAACAUAGGCUAACAUUAGCAAUGAUGUGUGUAGUAAUGCAGCCAGCACUGCAGCUGACAUUUAUGGGAUAGUAGGGCUGGCUGGUAUUUUGUUAUUACCCUGAUACCAUGUCCCUCCCCCUCUGCUGCCUCCUUCUGUCUGGCCUUGGGUGGGGGUUGGAGGUAUGGGGCAACUGGCGACUCGCGUCCCCUACCGGAUCCACUAGACUCCACCUGUCAGGAUGGCUGCUCUCUUUUCUUUUGCAUACGCGUGCACGUUGGUGUGUGCGUGUGUGUGGUUAGAGAAUAACACUGGCGUGUGCUGACUCAGGACGAAGAGCAAUGCAGCAGCUAACCGCAGCUGAUUUCUGCUUCUCUUUUUAACCUGGACCAACAGGAAUACGAAACACGACCUUGCAGGUGAAAGGACCGUUUUGGCUCUCGGACUCCACUCUAUGCUCUGCUUUCAUUUUUUCUACUCACAGGCAGACAGGAAGAAACAAAUAUCCCCAAGUCCAGUAGAUGUUUUUAUCCGCAGUGCCUCAGUCGAGCGGAGAACCAAGAAGCAGGAUGUCAAGACAGCCACAACAGCAGCACCAGACGCCCAUAAAACACAUUGAUAACACGGUGGAGGUCAAGAGCAAAUUUGAGGCAGAGUACCGUCGUUUUGGUCUGAAGAAGAAUGGCUUUGGUGGCUUCCAAGAGUUCUGCCACCUCCUCCAAAACAUCCAUCACAUCCAUGGGGUUGAUGUGUUUCUGGAAUAUGCUGAUAUCCAUGGAGAUCUCCUUCCAAUCAACAAUGAUGAAAACUUCCACAAAGCUGUCUCUUCAGCAAAUCCAAUACUGCGAAUUAUUAUAACCAAAAAAGAGGGUGAUUCUAACAUUUACACCACCAACUCUCUCCAGAGACGCAGAAAAGGACUGGGUUUAACAGGACUGCGCCCAGCAGGUUCUGGCUCUAUUCACUCAAAGAGCAAAUCAGGCCUCAUGAUUGGCCCGCCACAGGACUUCAGACAGAUCUCAUCCAUUAUUGAUGUAGACAUUUUACCUGAGACACAUAGGCGUGUACGACUUCACAAGUAUGGCUCCAAAAAACCUUUGGGCUUCUACAUCCGGGACGGGGUGAGCGUGCGGGUGACAGCACAGGGUGUAGAGAAGGUUCCAGGGGUCUUCAUAUCUCGUUUGGUGAGGGGUGGGCUCGCAGAGAGCACAGGAUUACUAGCUGUUAAUGAUGAAAUCCUCGAAGUCAAUGGCAUCGAUGUAGCAGGAAAAUCUUUAGAUCAGGUCACAGACAUGAUGGUGGCUAACAGUCACAACUUGAUUGUGACUGUGAAACCAGCUAACCAGAGGAACAACGUUUUACCUCGUGGGAGUAAAAACUCAAUGGGUCACUCUGGUUCUGUGGGCUCUGGUGGAUCCAUAGGCUCUGCUCUGUCACAUGACUCCACAAGUCCUGCCUCUCAGAGCAACCCUAUUACUGCAAGCAGCAGCGUCGCAGAGGGAGACAGUUAUGAGGAAGAUGACGAUGGUGAUGUCAUUCUGGAGAAUGACUGCCUGCCAGCCUAUAAAGCCCAUCCAAUCACUAACAACAACACUCUAAACAAGGACUCACCUUGUAAAGGGCAACAGAGCUCGAUCCCACAGAGUGUCUCAAUGCCAAACAGCCUCGCCACAUCCCUGAGUCACAGCUCCACCAUGAUGUCCCAUCACAACGAGGGCUCCACCCACUCAUUUGGCAGCAGCCAGGAGAGCAUGAAAGAAGAUGGCAACGUGAUAACUCUGUGACACAUGUAACCAUGAGAAUAACAUCUGACUGUGGAACAUUAAAGACAGGAUGUAAAAAUAAUAGCUGAUAAGAGAUUCAGUGGCACCUUUUUUUUCAAAGGUUCUCCCUUCAGAACACAGACAUUGUUGACAACAGACAUUGUUCUGGGCCUCUGCCAUAGUGGGCUUUCGGGAGAGCAUGUAUCAAAAUGACAGGCUACAUGGACCUGGAGAUCUCUGUGAAGUUUAAUUAUCCGAGUCUGUAAGCAAAGAGUAAUUAUGAAUUCUUUUAUUAUACUUAAGAAACUUUAUGGAAAUUAUUUUAAAGAUAUUUUCAACUGCUGAUUAUGAACUAAGAACAGAAAAACUGUAAACAAAAAACUCUUUUACCACUUUGAAUGUGACCUUAAGGGGAGUCAGCAACCUUUGUAAGACUUGCUGUUUUUAUAAUUUUUAUGUUAACUCAGAUCCGGACAAAUCAAAGUUAUUUUCUUAGGCUGUACAACUCGGUGUUUAUAAUUUUAUGUCCUGUCAUUUUAUCCUAUUGUUUUUUUUUUUUUAAUGCUUAAAACAUUACCACAGAACACAUAAAGAAAGGGGCCAGUUCUGCUGUAUUAAUGUUUGAACAACAGUCUGUCAUUCAGUCAGUCUGCAUAUAUUAUUGACCCAAUUACCUGAAUGAAUUGUUUUUAAAGCAGGUUUCCUUGUAGAGGUUCUAAGUAGUCAGUAUCUGACUUGCAUGUGUUAACUCUUUUAACAGCCUCAGUCACAAGAUUCAGCAGUGAAUAUGAGAUUGGUUUAAAAUAGAGCUGGCGUUGCUUUAAUAAUCUAUUCAUCAUUUGUUAUAUUAGUCUAAAAAUUUUAAUUAUACAUUUUUCUCUAAAAAAACAUGCGUUAUAUGAAUAUGAUUAAAGUGCCACUUCCUGAUUAUGCAUUUACAAAUAAAAGAGGGAGUAGAUAGAAUGUCAGAUAUUAGGAGACGGAACUGAAAAAUAACUAAAUUAGGCAUCAGAAUAUGUUUCCACUAAACCAGAUAUUUAUUUAUGAAAAGCUUAACUUUCAAAUGACAAAUAACUUUGUAUGAUGUAGAAGUCUUUCUGGUUUAAAUUUGGCUAUCUACUCAACUUAAUAUGAUUUAGUUGGCUGUUUAAAGUCUACGCCGCCACAGAGUUGUUCAGGGAAUAUGUGUAUUAACAUUAAACAUAGAAAAAAACAACAGACAGACAACCCGGCUAACUUUAAAGAGCAAUUAGCUGUUUCAAAACGUAACGUGGCGAUUUAGUUGCUAUAAUAACCCAAAAAAGCUUUAGUGUCCGAACUGCCAUUAAUUGUUGCCUAGCUUUAGGUAUUUCCAUCAUUUAGACCACCACUUUAGGAGCCGUGUUUCUUUUGAAACUGUUAUUGACCACUGACCGGAACCAGCUGACAUACACAGAAGGAACACAUGCACACACACACGGCUGCAGACUGCAGUCAAGAGACUAUUGGCACACACAGUCAUAUAAAAGAAAAGACUUCUGAUUUUUUUUAUAUUAAGAACAUAACAGAUUCAUGAAAAUUAAUUUUGUUUAAACAGGAAUGUUGACAGAUAUUAUAUUAGAUAUCGUCAGUUAAGUCGUGCAGACCUAGAUUAAAGGUUUAUCUAAUAGUAGAAUUAAUCUUAAUGACAUUUUUCAGUUUAGAAUUGUUUUAACGAAACUAAAUUUGUGUGAGCCUCAACAUGACUAAAAUAGAUAUGUAUAAAUCUGUUUUAUAUAGAUAAACCUUUUUUACCAAAGAAGUUUCCGUUCUUAACCAGGCUUGAGCCAGUUCCUUACUGGAUCUGUAAAUGACCCUGUUUUCUUUUUCAGCACUAGCGUACCACGUCAGCGCCCCAUCAUUAUGUCCUUAUAAACUUCUCAUUCAUUUAUUGUUUCAUACUCCCACUAAUGACUGCUUUUGUGAAGGAUCAUAGUGCAUGCAGACAAUGUAAGCACACAACUAUUAUGUAUGCCAGGAGCCCUGCAAACAGAUCUUCUAAUAAUAGUACCUUAAGUGUUUUAAACCACAGGCAGUGACUGAAGGCUUCACAAUCCUUUUCAGGUGACCUUACAUUCGGUGCAACAGUUGCAAAAUACAACUUUUAGAGCAUGUAUUAUUAACACCACCUGAAAAAAUUACCAACCACAUUAAAGAAUUUAGUUGAAACUAAUGUGUAUGGAUUCAGGAGUAAAUAAUCAGCUGUGAGCGGGCGACUGAGCUACUUAAACUGUAUGACGGGUGGUUUUAUAAGAACCUGCAGAUAUUCAGACAUUCAGCUUUUGUCAUUCUGAUGGUAAUUCAACAUUUUAUUAUCAUUGAAGCCAUGUCUUUACAUUGUAUAUUAACAAUUAAUAACUAAAUCAAACUGUGCAGUUUCAAACAUGGAACUAACAACGUUUUAAUUGGCUGCAUUUCUCCUUGAGUCUGCCCCUUGCUUAUCUCCGUUUUUCAAUGCUAGAGCUGGAGGUUUUCUCUGUGGACACACAAAGAACUGGUGCUUAGUAAGCUCUAGCACGAGUUAAGCAAUGGAGCUUGUUUCAUUGAAAAGGCCCCUUAGAGAGUUACCUAAUGUGAGUAAGAUGUUGACGGCCCAUAACCUCUCAAAAAAAAUUAAAAACAUCUGAAUCUUCCCCUUGAAUAAAAAUCCACUCAGCAUCACAUAAUCAAUUUGUCUUAUUAUGUCACGUUUGGUUUCUCUUGCAGGUUUCCAUCUAACUUGUGAAAUCAGAGGAGCUGUCCCACAAUAUUUGAUCGUUUGACAUACAGCUAAAUUGUACAAAGGCAUGUGAACUUUGUUCCUCUGAGCCUUGCGUGAUGCCUGUUUGCCUAAAGUACAACUAGUGUUUGCUGUUUUACUGUUUUCAUACAUUAUUCAGAAAUAAAAUUCAAUCCAGAAUACAACUAUAGAAAUGCA